AUUACCUUGGAAAUGACGCUUUUAUAGGAGGAACUGACAGCUGCUGCGCCUGCGUGUUGCGACGGGUACAUUUUGGGGACUCGCGUGAGCAGGGCGGCGUUUCUAUGGUGAGAAGAUUUUUCUUGGGCCACAUGGACCAGAACGCAUCGCACCUUCCGCCUCUGCCUUCAGUGCGUUUCAUAACGCGACGCGUUACAUCAACGAGUUACCCCGCCCAGUGUCUGUCACACAUCGGUUGUGGCGUUUUACAGUUUUAUGGACACAUUUAGGGCUAUUUGACGCCCUACAAGGGACUUUUGUGUAACGGUCCGCUUCGGCGACGAAUUUUCUGGACGGUCGUCUUAACGCGGAAUCGGUUUCUAGUCAACACGUCGCGUUUUCCGACUGACGCCCAAUCAGAUCAUAAGCAGAUGCACUGCAGCUUAUCAUACAAUGCAUCGCUGUUGAUCGUACAGGUGUUUUUGCGUCUGUAUUUUAUCACAAAGGGUCGUUUCCAUUGAGACUACAUCUGCAUGGUGCACGUGCAUCUGAUCUAACGUUAGCUGAGGUGGGCACCUCAAAUCAUUUUACCAUUUUUGCACUGAAUACAGAUUUCAAGUUAAUGUUUCGCCAAGAGGUCGGUGUCCUGUCCUUCAUUCCGUCGUGUUCGUACCUUUUCCAAUACGAGAAGAGGAACAUGUCCCGAUAUAACAUUUACAGUCUGCUAGACUGGAUCUAUGGAGGGGUGGACCCCAAAUUUGAAGGCAACGGAGGGCCCGAGUGCGCAGCCUUCAUCUCGCCACAGCAGAGGAUCAUUGAGAGUCUGAUCAUCGUCUUCAUCUCUGUCAUCGAGGUGCUGGUGGCCAUCAGAAAGAUCAAUGUCCCAAAAGAGCUCAGAGAGGUGUCUAAGGAUGGACGCAGGAGCAGAGAAGACAGCUUGGGCAAGAACUUGUUGCUUGUGGCACUGUGCAUGACUUUUGGAGUGGAGGUUGGGUUCAAGUUUGCCACCAAGACUGUGAUCUACCUCCUAAAUCCAUGUCACGUGGUCACAAUGGUGCAAAUCAUCCUGCUCGCAUGUCCUCCUAGCAAAAUCGCUAUGGUCAUUUUUAGGCUUCAGGUUCAUAUGCUGAAUGGAGCUCUUCUAGCGCUGCUCUUUCCAGUGGUCAACACCCGACUGCUGCCUUUUGAAAAGGAGAUCUAUUAUAUUCAACACUUCAUGCUGUAUCUCGUGCCAGUCUACCUCUUCAGGAAAGGAGGUGUAUAUAAACCAGAGCCGCUGGGUGACAUGUGGUGGGCGCUGCUGUCUACAGGAAUACUCUUCCUCUAUCACUUCGUGUUCCUGCAGGGACUUGGAAUGGUGACAGAAGUGAAUCUGAACAACAUGCUGUGUCCAGCUGUCUCGGACCCCUUCUACGGGCCGUGGUAUCGAGUGUGGGCCACGGGACACCAGACCGCCCUCACGUUAGUCCACGGCAAGGCUUUGACCAUCCUCUCGCAGCACACCGCCCCCAUGUGCCGCUACCUACUGGACAUGGCGCGUCUUCGCAACAAGAAGGUGGACUAAGGGUUUUUUUAUUGGACAAAACCUCUACCUACAUUAUCAAGAGUCUCAUAAAUACAGUUACAUACCUUUUUUGUCAUGGGCAGUACGACGUUUCAUCCAAACUAUACGUGCAUUCUGGAGAGGCUGUUUUUGCCUUUUCGGAUGCGACACAAACCCUGCCUUGUUUUUGUUUUGGAGUCUUCGCACAAUGAAGAUCCCAUCUUCGAGUUGCCUUGUUUAUAGUUGCGCUCAUCUAACAGUGAAAUGGGUCCAGCCCAGUUACAUUGACUUGAUUGCUAAAUAGCUGUUUAUGUGUCAUCAGCACUGUAUUUCUUGUAAGUCUCGCUCGCUGGCUUUCAGAUGAAGUGUGCUGCCAUUUUAAAAGUCAAUUUUGUGAAUAUCGUGUACCUUUUUUGUGGAGACAUCCGUGUAGUGCUACUGUAUGUUCUGGAGGAUUCGUUGGGUAUAUACCAGACCCUUUUUGUGUAAAUAUAGUCAAAACUCUUUAGUGACCAAGCUGAAGCCAUUACUGUAUCUUUGGUCAUAAUAUGAAACGCUUUCUAUUGGCUGAAGGUGAUAUUGAUUGACUGGCUGACGCUGUUAUAUUCUAGAUGAAUUGCAGUUAUGUGUCAUAGGAAACUGACUGAGGUAAAUUUUUAGCCAGUACAAUUUUUUGUUAUCUAAACUUUUUAAUCGAAAGUGCUUUAGUGAUUUUUUUUUUUCAUUCUUUUAAAUUCAUAAUUUAUUCUUAGCGAUACGUUUUACAAACAGCCAAACUGAUUGCUUAGGAGGGGGCAGUUUGGUUUUUAAACUUAAAUUUGCAUUACUUUAUUCCGUACAGAUGAGGAUAAAGUGAAUAGCAGCAGUUUUACAGCAAACAGAAAUUUAAAACUUGCUUAUUUAAAGGGAUAGUUCACAGAAAGUAGUUCAUUUACUCGCACUCAAAUUGUUACAAACCUGUAUAAAUGUAUUUGUUUUGCUGAACACACAUUAAGAUAUUUUUAAGUUUGUUUGUAACCAAGAAGCAGAUCUGGGGCACCAUUAACUUCCAUAGAAAAAAAUACUACUAUAGAAGUGAAUGGUGCCCCAGAUCAGUAUUAACAAAGAAAUUUAUACAGGUUUGUAACAAUUUGAGAGUGAGUAAAUGAGAGGAUUUUCGUGUUUCGGUGAACUAUCCCUUUAACUUUUCUUUAGGCAAGUGCCCCACAAAUUGCCCCACACUUAAUGCACUCCAUCUCUCAAUAGAUGUCUCUAUAGACUUCCUGAACGUCAGCCAGCUCCUCGUUUCCUGUCUGCCAUUAUUGGACAAACUGAUUAAUCCAGGUGUGUCUGAUUAUUGUUGUUGUGACUACUGAGGUCAGGCACACCUGGAUUAAUCAGUUUGUCCAAUAAUGGCAGACAGGAAACAAGGAGCUGGCUGAAGUUCAGGAAGUAGUGCAGCUGGGCAUAAAGCCUAUUAUCAAGGCUCAGAAAUGAAGAUAUCGUUUGAUUUAGGAACAGCGUGGAGUUGGGUGGAGCCAUGCUCUCAAUACAGCAGCCCCAGUGAAUUAUGGGAUUGUUGUCAUUUCAAACUCGACUGAAAGGGAAUCCACCAUCAUUUUUGUACAUAUGUUUUUGUGAAAUAUGUGCCGUAUUGAAAAGUCAACGUUUUACACGUGUUUGUUUCUCAUCAGAAAUGCAACCAUUAAAGUACUCAAACACACAA